UAUCAACUUACAAAGUGACUACUACAUUAUUACAACCGAAACCCGAUUCGUAUUCCACCCCGUCGACCAUUCCACUUGGGUAGCUAUAUGUUAAAACUGGCGACGAGAAAAAAGUUGUGCUAGGUAACGCGCGUGUGAUCCGUGAUACAGGAAGUGGUUAAGUUAGCAGCGGUGACACAAUCGACGGCGACAAAGUUCCGGAGUGGAAAGACUGCGGGUAACCAAAUACAACGUGCAGGUAAAGUUCCGGACACGACGAACAAAUAAAACGGCAUUUACUGCUUUUUAAGCUAAUCGAAAAGGUUCGAGUCGUCUGAAUUGCUGUUCGGAUCCGGAAAAUCGACUCUAGUAUUCACGACCAGGAAAAUUUUCCAGCUUGUUGGCUGACGACGGUUCCGAUUUGUGUAUCGACCAUUAGUAUCUGGACGAGCUUUGCAGAGUUUUACUUGGUGUGUGCUGUAUCCAUCGACGAGUGCUGCUAUUAUAUAGGGACGCGAGGGUAAAGAUAACAUCAGUCGUGAUGGCUCAGAUGAAUAUGGCGGCUAUGAUAGAGCCAUACCGCAAAGGAGCAUCCUUUUCCGAUUGGGUGGAACGACUUGGUUACUUUUUCGCUAUGAGCAAUGUGGCGGAGGAUGCAAAGAAAUCCCAUUUCAUAACCCUUAGCGGGCCAUCGGUGUUCUCGGAACUUAAAUUGCUUUUUCCAAAUGCUAGUCUAACCGAUAUUUCAUACGAAAUUAUGAUUGAAAAACUUAAAGCAAGGUUUGACAAAGUUGAAUCUGAUAUUAUACAGAGAUUUAAAUUUAAUAAUCGGAAGCAACAUCCUGAUGAGUCUGCGGAGGAUUUUGUCCUUGCGAUAAAACUUCAGGCAGAAUUUUGCAAUUUUAAAAAUUUCAAGCAUGAAGCGAUUCGGGAACGUAUUGUUGCUGGUCUGAGGGAUGAAGCCCUUCAGCAGCGUUUGUUGAAUGAACAAAAUUUAACCCUUGAAUCGGCAGAAAAAUUAAUUGCUACUUGGGAGAUGGCAGGGGCCAACGCUAGAUCUUUGGGAAUCGAUGUCAAUGCUGGUCAGAUUGCUUCUUUGAAUAAUGACUUUAAGAGGCCGCGCCCUUCCACUCUUGAAAAACUUGCUAAAACGUUGGCAAAUGCUAAGGCGGGUGAUCGACCUUCUCGACCUGCAGGAACCAGACAAUCGGUAAAAACCCGAUUGGGAUUUCAACCAUAUUACUACAAUGGAGAACAGGAGGACAAGCACAAAAAUUUUGCAGGUUUUCGCCCGGCUGAAUGGAGGGCUGGACAGGAUCGCCAUCGUAGCGAGAGUCGUGUCUGCGACUUCUGCGGAAUAAGAGGACAUUUGAAGAGAAAAUGUUUCAAAUUGAAAAAUCUACGCAGGGAUACGGUUCAAUUCGUAGAUUCUAAAGCAGGACCAAGCAGUUUAAGUGAGCUGUUCAACCGUUUGGAAACGAAUGCUUUGGACGAUGAUGACGAUAACGACAGGAAUGAUUCAGAUUCUUGUUGGAAGCGUCGUGGUCGUAGCCCAUCGAACGCAACUGCGUGUAGUCAAGGAGGGUGUUGAGAUAGCACGACCCAAUGUUGUUAUUUCAGCAUCAACGCAGCAUCCUAUAAUGCCUCCAGUGCAGGAAGACAGCGAACCGGAGUUCAGGGGAUUCCCUGGGAUCGAAACGAGAAGAGGAACAAAAAGGAAAACCGAAGCGGUGAACUCACCACUUCGACAACUCAGGCGUUCUAAGAGAAUGAGGACUAAAAAGGUGGAUAAUGUUUUCGUCUACGGAAAAAAAUUAAGUUGAAUUUAAUAGUAAUGAAUUAUAGAAAAGCUAAGUUAAAUGCUAAAAUAUAGUUAAGUUCAAAACAAAAAUAGGAUAAGAAACAAAAUUAUACUAUGAGUUAUAAGAAAGUUGAUUAAUAUCAAUUUCGGAUUCUAUAUAGCUGAAUGUUUUCAGUUUUCGAAUUUUAAUUGAAUUGCAUUUUCGUUAGGGGGAAGAGCUGUUACAUCAGCAACAUUAAGUUGCUUUUUCGUACAGUGUAACAAAAACUGUUAUACAAUGUUUUUACUA